UGCAGACUUUCAAAGACCUGCUGGCGAAAAAGACGAAAAAGCUGCAGAAGUCCUCACAGCGACUCACGCUCGGGGUGGAAAAAAUCAAGGAAGCGAACAAGCUUGUGAUCAACCUGCAGCAGCAGUUGGACGAGAAAAUCCGGCCGGGAAUCAAGAAAAAGAUCGAAGAAACGGAGCAGCUGAUUCCGUUUGUCUCGAAAGAGAAGCAGAACGCGGACAAAAUCCAGGAAAAAGUUUCGAAAGACGCCACAAUCGUCGAGGAGCAACAAUCUAAAGUCGCGGCGUUGCAGAAGGAGGCGGAGCAGGAUCUGAACACCGCUCUUCCGGCUCUGAAU